AUGGCGUCUUCCCGGUGAGGAGCUCCAGCAGGAGGAUCCCGAAGCUGUACACGUCCGACUGUUGGGUAAAGGAUCUCCGCAGGCUGCGAGACUCGGGGGCUCGGUAGAAGAGGGCGGCGCCGCCGCUGCCGCCGCCGCCGCCGCUACCGCUGUCCUCGUGGGCGGUGUCUGAGGGGCCGAGGUAUGGGAUGAGGCCGUAGUCUGUGAGGCAGGACUCGAAAUCAGGACCCAGGAGGACGUUGGAGGAUUUGAGGUUGCCGUGAAUGACGCUGGAGUUUUGAUGGAGGUGAAGAAGGCCCGUAGCCACAUCCUCUGCGAUCUUCAGGCAGGACGUCCAGUGAAGAGGUUUACCCCCUCCGGUAGGUCUCGAUCCUGCACACGGAUUCAAGAUCAUAAGGGAGGGGCUUCUUUCUUUUCCGAGUUUACGUCUGAGAAUCAGUCGAAAAAUAGCAUGGAUCCUCAUAGCAACACCGAUUCUACUACGGGUUCCUCUGUAAUCAGCAGGUGGGUGGGAGUAUAAACUGGAAGCUUAAAAGAUCUGAGCCUUUCAGGAUGAAGGGAACUCGGGGAAGAAGAUGAAGAGGAAGAAGACGAGGGCGUACCGUGGAUGAGCGAGUAGAGGCUGCCAUUGGGGAAGUAAUCAUACACAAGGAGGCGCUCCUCCUUGGCUAGGAAGUACGCCCGAAGAGGGACGAGGUUGGGGUGGCGCAGCUGCCCUAGGGUUUCUAUUCUCCGCCGGAACUCGUCUUGUCCAGGGAUGGACGAGUCCUUGAGCCGCUUCACCGUCACAAUGAACCCAGAUUCCAUUACAGCCUUGUAGGUGCUUCCCACCGUCCCCCUCCCCAAGGUCUCUGCAGAGGCCUUGAGCAGCUCCUCCAAGCUGUACAUCUCCCCCACGCCGCCGCAGAAAACCAGAUUCCCCAGCCUCUCCCCUUCCCAUGAGAACACUUCGCCACCACCCUUCCCCGCCCCGCCGGAAGGCCCCUCGCCGUCUUGUACGUUGAUGCCGCCGCCGCCGCCGCCCGUUGCAGCGGAUUUGCUCUCCGUUCCCGCGCCGCGCGAUAUGCCGUUGGUCUCCGCCACCAUCGUUCUCCUCCAGGGGACCAGGAAGAAAGCCGCCACCAGCCCCGUGAAGAUGGCGAGAAACAGGAACGCGCCAACAGAGCUUGCGACUAUGGCCGCCACCCUCCUCCUGUUCAUCUUCUCUUCCCGUUUGGGGGCGGAAUAGGAGGUGGAUGA